AAAAAACAAACACGUCAAUUGUCAAAAUCUGUUGUGUCAUGUCGGUGAAUUAUUUUGUUGAAUCAAUCGUUGUGAUUAGUCCUUUAAAACAUUAAUCAAAUUAAAAAACUUGACUGAAUUCUGUGAUAUUGAAAGCUUACCAUGCGUUGGUACAACGGUAGCAUCGCGGAGGCCGUGAAUCUAUCGAAACAGAGGAAUACAAUUUUCGUGGUUUUCAUACAAGGUGACAAUGACUUGUCCGACGAAAUGUCAUCGACGCUUAACGAUGUUGUGGUCAGAUCGAAACUCUCAAAUGAAUCAAACUUUCUGGCCGUCAAUCUGAAGAGUGGAUCAACCAACUAUACACAUUUCGCACAAAUAUAUCAAAUCGUGCCGGUGCCGUCAUUAUUCUUCAUCGGCAGGAAUGGUACUCCUCUCGAAGUGGUCUGCGCUGGUGUGGACGCCGACAAUCUGUCCGCGAGGAUCGAUAGGAUACUAGCGGAACAUCGGCAAGAAAAUCCGAAGAUUAAUGAUCAUUCAGAUGCCUUCAUCAAAGUAUUAGACGAAUAUUCGGAGUCUGAUAACUACGAGUUAGUCUGCGGCGAUGAGAUAUGCGUGCGCGUGCCCAGGCCUAAGCACGACAAGCCGGGGCCCAGCCGGGACUCUGCCCCCCCAGCGGACGACUCCGCCUCACCGGCGGACGAAUCGCCCGAGCCGACGGACAGCGAGGCCAACCAGCAGAAACCUUCGGGGAUGGAGACCUUGACCGAAAUAGAAGACAAGUUGGAACGCACCAAGCUACUGAUAGAAGCGAGACGCAGAGAGAAAGAGGAGAAAGAGAAGGAGCUCGAAAAGCAGAGGGAGAUAGAACGACGCGCCACCGGCAAAGGGGUCACGGAACUCAAGAAGUGGCAAGCGGAACAGGAACUGAAGCAGAUACAAGAAGAGAGGAAACGGGAGAAGCUUGAAAACGAGCUCGCCCGGCAGCGGAUCCUGCAGCAGAUAGCGCAGGACCGGGCCGAGAGGCGCGCCCGGGACCUCGCCCCCGCGCCCCCAGACCCCAAGCCCGCGCCCCCCGCGCAACUGCCGGGAACAGCAGGGGGGGACGGCGCGGGGGCGCGCGUGCAGUUCAAGCUGCCCGACGGCUCCUCGCACUCGGCGCAGUUCGCGGCCGACGCCACCGUGGAGGACCUGCGCGCGCACGUCAGCCGCAGCGCACAGCUGCAGCCGUCCAGCUUCACGCUGUGGACGGCGUUCCCGCGGCGCGAGCUGACGGCGGGGGCGGAGUCCCUGGCGGCGCAGGGGCUGGUCCCGUCGGGCGCCGUGCUGGUGCUGCCCGUGCGCGCCGCACCCCCCGCGCCCGCACUCACUUCCUCCUUCGCCUCGCUGCUCGCAUUCUUCUCGAGCCUGUUCUCGACCCUCGUGCUGGAGCCGAGCCAGCAGGUCUACCAGUGGAUCAGAUCUAGGCUGUUCCCCCCGGCGGCGCCGCGCUCCCCCGAUCCCCACUCUCCCUCCCGCGCGGCGCCCCCCGGCCUGCGCCGGAGGGGGAACGUGCACCGUCUGCCCGGGGACACCGGGGCUAGCGACGACAACAACACCUGGAACGGUAACUCAACGCAGCAGAUGUAACCGACCACGCCUUCCAAGGGUGCUCAGGACUAAGGGUCCCCCGAGCACAAACAUAUCCUAGAGUUUGUCUGAAGCUCGUGAUCUCCACGGCAUCAUGGCUCCCUUCACUCAUCAAAGCUGAUCAUUCCGGUACCUUCGACCUACGAUAGCCUCAGACUGUGUGGGCCCGUGAAACAGCUUCUUUUGUCUUUGAAAUAAAGGUGAAAAUUCAGUAACAUUAGCCGUAAUAACUUUGAAAUUUGAAUUGAAUAUUUGUACCUCAUAUAUCUAGUACUUAAUAUGGUUGCUAAAUUUUUUUUAAUUGCCCCCAAUGUUGAUGUUUGGCACCCUCAUCACUGCGUGCCCUCACAGGUCAUCGACCCCCCUGACAUCUGAGUGUUAUAUGAAGAUUUAAGUAUACAACAUCAAUGCUCUCGAACCCGAUGUUUUGAUAUGGAGGGAGGGUGAGGGGGACCGCCCCCCAGCCCGACCUCUGACCAAUCCUGUCCUUAUUUUGAUCCCACAUUCAAUUAGUUUUGUAAUUAAUAUUCUGUCAAAGAUAAAUCUCGACUGUAGCCCAGCUGAAAGAUGUCCACUAAUACAAGUUUGAAGGUGACAAAUCAAUCUUGCUCUUAUUCUAGUGAAAGCUAUCCCUUUUUCUGCCCCUGUGUCUUUUUUUUUAAAAUAAAAAUCGCGGUAAUCAAAAUUUUAAAUCUACCCACAUAAAUACAAAAAAAAGGCAAAAGCGAUUUUAAGCAAUGACGCGAUCGGAUUCUUCUUAAGUCGACAUUAAAAUGUAUAUUUGACUGAAAUAUUUGUUCAUUUAUUGUUAUCAAUGUUAAUUAAUAUCAUAAGAUGGUGCUGUGGAGACCAGACCAGGUUUAUAUCACUAUUCUAAAUAAUUGUCUGUCUGUUCGUUGUAUCUAUCACACGCAGGUAUGAGAAUGAUGUUGAGAAGAUAUCUUCCUUCUUUCUAUCUUUGUUUCUCUCUUUCUUUCUUUCCUUCUGCGAAACAUAAUAAUGAUGUUAAUAAUAAUUGUAGAAAUCAUAUUUAUCACAUAAUAAUAUAAUAAGUCGUAUUUAAAUAAAUAAAAUAAUCAAAAAAUUGUAAUUUUACUGUAGUUUUGUGGAAUUGAGAGCAACAACAUAUUAUCGGUUGUCUUGAUUAGUUUUUUUUUUUUUAUGAAAAUGAAUGUAAACCUUAAAUUUAUAGCAAUAAAGUUGUGAAUUCUGCUGUUAACUAGAGGCACUUCCGACUUUGUGGUUGUAUGUAUUAUUAAAACACUUAAAGUUUAA